AACUCAGCGCAGGGCUGCGCCGGCCCCACUCCCCGCAGGAGCCAGCCAGCCAGCCAGCCAGCCAGCCGGGGCGCGCCGGGAGCCCUCCGCCCGCCGCCGCCGCUUCUGCUCGGCCGGCGCCCACCUGCUGCCCUGCUUCCCUCGGCGGCCCGGAGCCUGGCGGCGGGCGGGAUGGCCGCGGGGCUGCCGCUGCUGCUGCUUGUGUGGUGCCUGGGCGGGAGCCCGCUGCUGGCGGCCGGCCACGGGGCCCCCUCCGAAGACGCCGUGGCCGAGCACAUGCGGCGCCUCUACGACCGGUCCCGCGGGCGGCCCCACCACCCCGCCGCUGCCCCUCUCCGCCAGGGGAACACGGUGCGCGGCUUCCGAGCGCUGCCGGCAGGGAUUCCUGGCAGCAAAGAAGUGCAUGUUUUCAACCUGACCUCCCUCACAAAGUCUGAGAACAUCUUAUCGGCUCUGUUGCAUUAUUAUGUCGGGGAUCUCCAAAACAGUAGCGCCAAUUGUCCUCGUCUCAAGGGCUGCUCUCGCCACGGGCCCAGGAAACCGGAAGUGCAGCUCAAUCUUUCUCUGCUGAGUUUUCCUCUGUCAGGAAAUCAGACUCGGACUUUGGGACACUAUUUAAUCAACAUCUCCACUGCUUAUCGGGAUGUCCUUUCUUGGCAGUGGAAGAACAUCACUCAUAUCUUGAGUAAGGCCAAGCGGAACGAUGAACUGCUCAUUGGAGUCAAAAUGGCCUCCGUCGGCCAUCACUCUUGGAAGAGAAUGCACCCCACUUACGAACCCUACAUCCUUGUUUAUGCCAACGACUCAGCCAUUUCAGAACCAGAGAGUGUCGUUUCGAGCUUGCAGGGGCACUGGACUCCUCUGCCCGCGGGAGUCUCUAAAUUUGAUGGCCAUUCCAAAACCGGCCUGGGCGAGCGGCGAGAAAAGCGCUCCACCAGCGUCCUGUUGCCGUUGCAGAACAACGAGCUUCCGGGAGCCGAGUAUCAAUACGGUGAGGAGGAAGGAUGGGAAGAAAGGAAGCAUUACAAGACGCUCCAGCCGCGGCUGGCCGAGCGGGCCAAGAACAAGAAAAAACAGAGGAAAAACAAUCAUCAAAAGAGCCAGACGCUCCAGUUUGACGAGCAGACCCUUAAAAAGGCAAGGAGAAAGCAGUGGAACGAGCCGCGAUAUUGCGCCCGCCGCUACCUCAAAGUGGAUUUUGCUGAUAUUGGCUGGAGUGAAUGGAUUAUUUCUCCAAAAUCUUUUGAUGCCUAUUAUUGCUCAGGUGAAUGCCAGUUCCCCAUUCCAAAGGCCUUAAAGCCAUCCAACCACGCCACCAUCCAAAGCAUAGUGAGAGCUGUGGGAGUCGUCUCUGGGAUUCCCGAGCCGUGCUGCGUCCCGGACAAGAUGUCGUCUCUCAGCAUCUUAUUCUUCGAUGAAAACAAAAACGUGGUGCUCAAGGUCUACCCCAACAUGACAGUGGAGUCUUGUGCCUGCAGAUAACACCCUCCCAAAGCCUGUGGAGCCUUCUCAACAUCUAUUCUCCGUCGCCUGCUCAUUGACUUCUUUGCUUUAUGGCUCCCCUCCCCUCCUCCAACCCCCCACAUACUCUUUCACACCCUGUUUUGCACUGCCUAUGCAUUUCAUUCUCCAAAGUCUUCUGAAUGGGUACGAAUGAGCGGAAGAGCAGAAAGUGAGAAGGAACAGACCGUGUGGUUCCAGAACUUGGAAAGAUGGAAGGACCCAGCUGUAACUUUCUUCCUGGGAGGACAUGAUGGGAGAGAGAAGAAGGAAAGACAUCAGCGACACCCGGAAAACUUUGUGUUGUGAGAUGCUCGUAAGAAGCAGGGAGACAUCUGCAAAAGAACUCGAUCGAGAUGAUUCGAAGGUUGUCUGGAGGACCUUUUCGGAGAAAGCUUUUCAAACCACCAAAAUUGCCGGGCCAUUUGCCCGUUCUUCUAGAGACUCUCUUCCAGAGAGAUUCGUAAAUAUAUUAUGUGUUUCUGAAUUAAGUUACUGGGAAAUUCCUGUAAAAGUGCUAAAUACAUGUGUACGCAAGUGUCCUCAAGUCACAGCUGACUUAUGGUGACCCCAGCAUGGGGCUUUAAAGGCAAGUGAGAAGCAGAGGUGGUUUGCCAUCACCUUCCUCUGCAGAGUCAUCCUUGGGGGUCCCCCAUCCAGUUAUGAACCCUGCUUAGCUUCUGAGGUUGGGCUCUAUCAUGUCACUCCCCCUUCUGAAGUGCUAUAUGACUUCAUCAAGUAUGGCUGAUCUUAGAAAUGUGCAAAAAUUCAAUUCUGAGACUUAUUUUCCUGAUAUGGGUCAAGGUCUGUGGUGGCAGUGAACUCCUGAAAUCUCAUCCCUGUCUUCAGUGGAGCAGAACUGGUAGAAGGGGUAGAUCCUGGUCUGUCAGGGGUUACUACAAGUAACUGCUGUAGUAACCCGCUUUGGACUGUCCUAUGCUCUUGCAGUAGAGCCCUGUUUAAACGUGACAAACAUGCACCUUAACCUGUGCAGGGGGACAUAUAUUCACAGCAGUGUUCAAACUAGGUACUUUUUUCCUAUAUAUGGAAUAUUAAUCCUUUCAUUCAAUCCAUGUCAAGUUAUCACGCCUUGCACAGGCAAUUGUAGAAUAUAAUACCUAGCAUCCGUAUCCCCAUAUGGGUAUGACCAAUGUCACAGUUUUAAAAAAAAUCUCACUGACAAGCAGUGUCAUCCUGCUUAUUAGUAGUAUGAAGAGAGUUAGAAUCAUAGAGUUGGAAGAGACCCCAAGGGCCAUUAAGUCCAACCCCCUGCAAUGCAGGAACACACAGUCAAAAUUCGUGUGGACCAAGUCCAAGGAUCAGGGUGAUACAAGAUUCGUACUGUACUCCCUGAUGGCUUGCUAGUGGUUGAGUCCUGAGUUUUCUGGUAGCUUCCUUGUAUCAUUCAUGGUCAUGUUGCCUCUACAGUGGGAGAUCUACCAGACCACAGCCCAGAAAACCCACAGUAGUCAAUGGGAGAUCUGUAUGAACCAUGGAAUGGAUAUAGAGCACUCAGUGAAGUUAAUUGCCUUAUCCAUUUGGCAUUACCUGACUCCCAAUGCAUAUGAUAAACCAGGGAUCUCCAAACAUGGUGCCCGCUGAUGGGUUUCCUUGCUAUACAGUCCCAGCAUGGUGUAGUGGUUAAGAGCAGGUGGAUUCUAAUCUAGAGAGCCAUGUUGGAUUCCCCACUCCUCCACCUGAGUGGCAGAGGCUGAUCUGGUGAACCAGAUGUGU